GAGUAAAGUCAAUGAGGAUUACAUGACUGACUAUCAACAUGAGGAGAGAUAUUACAUUAGGCUUACUGUUUUUGUUGGUCGUCCAGAACCAUAUCUUCUGUGAUGAACAUACAAUUUCACCUACAGUUGAAGUUCGCUCCCAUUUCGCUUUGUUGGAUGAGGUCCGACUGCUGGCCACAGGUCUUCUCCAGCUGGGCCAGAGUCUGAGGGAAUUUGUGCAAAAAACAAAGGGACAGAUAAAUGACAUUGUAAACAAGCUGAACAUCUUUGACCGCUCGUUCUAUCAGCUCUCAGCGUUGGCUAGUGAGAUUAAAGAGGAGGAAGAGGAGCUGAAGAAAACUACAGUGGUGCUGAAGGCCAGCAAUGAGGAGAUAAAGGAUUUGUCCGUUCAGAUUUACUCCAAAGUGGACACGAUCCUGCAGGAGAAGAGCCGUCUGCAACAUAAAGUGGAGGGUUUGGAGGAGAGGCUGAGCAGCAUGUCCCAGGGGCUGGUCACAAGCGAACAAGUGGAAGAGAUUACUGCUCUCAGGAAGACUAUCUACAGCCAGGAGCAGAGCAUUGCAGAGCUACUGAAGGCUGUGAAGGAACAAAGUCACCAGCUGAAUCAACAAAGGUCCAAGAUAAAGAUUCUCGAGGACAAAGUUGCAGCCAACGUGCAUCAAGCAACCACUGAAAAAAACUUUAGCAUGUCCAACAGUGAGGUACUGUCACUUCCUCCUUAUCGAUUUUCUGAGAAGACUGGAUCCAAGUUAAUGAGUUUGCCAGCAGACUGCAGUGAACUAUUUAACCAGGGAGAGCGAGUGUCUGGGGUGUACGUUAUAAAUCCAGGCACGUCUGAGCCUUUUAUGGCUUUUUGUGACAUGACCACAGGGGAAACUGUGAUCCAGAGACGAACAGAUGGCUCGAUAAAUUUUGAUCAAAACUGGGAAAAGUAUGAAAGUGGAUUUGGAGAUUUACAAGGGGAGUUUUGGCUGGGCCUCAGUCGUAUCCACUCCCUCUCUGUCCAGGGAAACUCCGUCCUCCACAUCCAUCUGGAGGAGUGCAAACAGCUCCGGCGAGUUUUUGAAUAUAGAUUUGCUCUUGAAGGCCCACAGAGCAACUAUACCAUUCAUCUUUCACCACUGUCUCACGACCUGCCCGAUGUCAUGGGUAACCAGACAAAUACAACGUUUUCCACAAAGGACAGGGACAAUGGCAAACAGCAUCAUCACAACUGCAUCCAAGACACAGGUGGAUGGUGGUUUCAUCCAUGUGGAGGCACUAACCUAAACGGGAAAUACUUUAAGUCAAGGAGGCGUCCAGGGCAAAAGAGGGGGAUCCAGUGGAGAGCAGGGCGAAGGGGCUCAUCCUCUUUAAAGUUCACCCAAAUGUCUGUGGGGCGUCUUCAGCUCUCCCCUCAUCUCUGAUCCUCGAGGCCUCCUGGGUGGAGAGGGAUGGAAAAGAUUUGCAAUGUGCAGCGACCUCUAGUGGACUACAUAGGAUAUAAAAAAACACAUGAAAAAUAAGAUGUUCUCAGUGAACUGUUGUGCCAUACCCCCGGAUGGGGACAGGAGCCUUUAGCGUUGUAUGAAUUUUAUAGGAAUGUCUUAAUUUUGUUUAUAAAAAACAGUAUAACAAUAUAAACCGAUAUUAAUUAAACUAUACAGAUCCAUAAAAAGUUAUGAUAUCAUGUGAAAACCACUUUGGGUCAUAUUGACCCAGGACUUUUUAUUGUUAUAUGUUCUGGAAACUAGAUAUUGUCAGUAUCAACUAAACAUUUAGAGUUUUAUGCUUGUAUUAUUUAAUAAAGUAAAUAAACAACUUAUACAAAUAAAUCUGAAUAUGCACGC